CCGUGCGCGCCGGCCCCGCCCCCGCCGCGGCCCCAAAGCGCCGCCCGCGCCGGCCUGGGCAGCGUCUCGGCUCCGGCGGCCGACACCGGAGUCCAGGGCCGCGGGCCGCCCGCCGCGAUGUUCCCGCGGGAGAGCAAGUGGAACAUCUCGUUCGCGGGCUGCGGGUUCCUGGGCGUCUACCACAUCGGCGUAGCCUCCUGCCUCCGCGAGCACGCACCCUUCCUGGUGGCCAACGCCACGCACAUCUACGGCGCCUCGGCCGGCGCGCUCACAGCCACCGCGCUGGUCACCGGCGCCUGCCUGGGUGAGGCAGGUGCCAACAUCAUCGAGGUGUCCAAGGAGGCACGGAAGCGGUUCCUGGGGCCCCUGCACCCUUCCUUCAACCUGGUGAAGACCAUCCGUGGCUGCCUGCUGAAGACCCUGCCAGCUGACUGCCAUGAGCGCGCCAGCGGCCGCCUGGGCAUCUCACUGACCCGCGUCUCUGAUGGCCAGAAUGUCAUCUUGUCCCACUUCAGCUCCAAGGAGGAGCUAAUCCAGGCCAACGUGUGCAGUACCUUCAUCCCCGUGUACUGUGGCCUCAUCCCUCCGGCCCUGCAGGGUGUGCGCUAUGUGGACGGCGGCAUCUCGGACAACCUGCCCCUCUACGAGCUGAAGCACACCAUCACCGUGUCCCCCUUUUCGGGCGAGAGUGACAUCUGCCCACAGGACAGCUCUACCAACAUCCAUGAGCUCAGGGUCACCAACACCAGCAUCCAGUUCAACCUGCGCAACCUCUACCGCCUGUCCAAGGCGCUUUUCCCGCCGGAGCCCCUGGUGCUACGGGAGAUGUGCAAGCAGGGUUACCGGGAUGGCCUGCGCUUCCUGCGGCGGAACGGCCUCCUGAACCGGCCCAACCCCUUGCUGGCGCUGCCCCCGGCACAGCCCGAGCUCCCCGAGGACGAGGUCACCCAGGAGGUGGAGGCUGCAGAGGACUCGGCCCACGUGGGGGACUCGUCGCUGCCAUCCGGGGAGGACCUCAUCCUGGAGCACCUGCCGGCUCGGCUCAAUGAGGCCCUGCUGGAGGCCUGCGUGGAGCCCAAUGACCUGAUGGCCACGCUGUCCAACAUGCUGCCUGUGCGCCUGGCCACCGCCAUGAUGGUGCCGUACACACUGCCACUGGAGAGCGCCGUCUCCUUUACAAUCCGCCUGCUGGAGUGGCUGCCCGACGUCCCUGAGGACAUCCGGUGGAUGAAGGAGCAGACAGGCAGCCUUUGCCAGUACCUGAUGAUGCGCGCCAAGCGGAAGCUGGGCAGCCACCUGCCUGCCGGGUCGACGGAGCAGACGGAGCUGCGCCGCGCUCGGUCCCUGCCCUCCGUGCCGCUGUCCUGCUCCUCCUACAGCCACGCGCUGCCACGCUGGAUGCGCGCGAACCUUUCCCUGGGGGACGCGCUGGCCAAGUGGGAGGAGUGCCAGCGGCAGCUGCUGCUCGGCCUCUUCUGCACCAACGUGGCCUUCCCGCCCGACGCGCUGCGCAUGCGUGACCCCGUGGACCCCUCGGACCCUGCGGACCCCGUGCCUUCCCAGAGCCCUGCCCAGCCACCCCCUCGCUGAGUGCCCCAGCUCCCCGUGGUGGGCCCUGAUGGGAGUGCUGGCUGGUGAGGUCUUACUCCCAGAACGGGCGACUUUGCUGUGAACCCCAACCCCACGGCCCCUCCCCAGGUGUACCAGUGGGGCGGGGGUAUAGUGUCCUCCCUUCCAGGGGCGCCCCGGGGCCCUGCCUCCUGGGAACUUGGCACCUGCG